CGGCACUUCCUUCCAUGUGGUGUCAUUAAGCGAGCGAGCUUCGCCAGCUUUUGUUGUCUCACGUUUCUCUCUCUCUCAAUCUUUCUGCUACAGAACCGAUAUGGCAUCUGAGAAGGAGCAUAAGGUUCUGCACAGUGGUUACUCACAUCCCGUCCUUAGAAAUUGGCAGACCAAUUCGGCCAGUAUAUCGGCUGCUAACCUCAUAUAUCCACUCUUUGUUACAGAUGGAGAAGAUACAGAGGAUCCAAUUCCAAGCAUGCCAAACCAGUGCCGAUAUGGUGUUAAAAGACUAAAAGCCGUUCUACAGCCUCUCGUUGAUAAAGGUCUUCAGGCUGUAUUAAUAUUCGGAGUACCAAGCAAUUUACCUAAGGAUAACAUCGGAAAGAGUGCCACAUCACCAAACACACCAGUAAUUAUUGCUCUAGAACAUCUACGGAGAUGGUUCCCACGUCUGCUGCUUAUCUGUGAUGUCUGUCUUUGUGCCUACACCUGUCAUGGUCAUUGUGGGGUCCUCAACAAAGAUGGUUCUAUCAAUAAUGCUGAAUCUAUUAAACGAUUAUCGGAGAUUGCUGUUACAUACGCUAAAGCAGGCUGUCACAUUGUCGCACCAUCUGACAUGAUGGAUGGGAGGGUUGGAGCCAUUAAACGGAGUUUAAUAGAAAAUGGUUACGGUAGCAAAGUGUCCAUCAUGAGUUAUAGUGCCAAGUUCGCUUCUGGUUUCUAUGGCCCUUUUAGAGAUGCUGCCCGGUCUGCUCCGUCUUUUGGUGACCGACAAAGCUACCAGUUACCCCCUGGUGCCCUCGGACUUGCUGACAGAGCUGUUGAGCGUGAUAUUGAAGAAGGUGCUGAUAUGAUUAUGGUGAAACCUGGUUUGCCAUAUUUAGACGUAGUACAACAAAUUCGGUCAAAGUAUCCAUCACAUCCGUUAGCUGUUUAUCAAGUGUCUGGAGAAUAUUCUAUGCUGCAUUAUGCCGCUAAGGCAGGAGUCUUUAAUCUGAAGCAAGUUGUCUUGGAGACAUUAACUGGGAUGCGACGUGCAGGUGCUGUGAUGUUGAUUACGUAUUUUGCACCUGACGUCUUAGAGUGGUUAUCUGAUCCCUGCAAGAAGUGAAGAACAAGACAUGCGCCAUUUCACAGCAGCACAGACACAACACAAAACCAUCCAUGUUGGGCAGUUAAUGAUGUUGAUGAGGAAGCAAAUCUUCAUUUUUGUUUGUGUGUGUGUUUCUCUGUUUUCCUUCACUUUAUUUCAUUAUCUCAUUAUCAUUUACAACAACAACAAUAAAAAAAAACAUUCAUUUAAAAGGAUUUUUUUUUUAGUUGGUGAUGGGUGAUACACUUUAUAUUUUGUUCUUCAAUGACAUUUUUUAUAAAAAAAAUAUAAAUCUAACUCAUUUUCCUGCGUUAAUUACAAGUCAUUAACACAUGGUUUUUAAUUUAGGAUACAUAUCUAAAUAUUAUAUAUAUAUAUAUAUAUAUAUAUAUAUAUUAUAUAUAUAAUGAUUAAGGAAAAGUCAUUAGGGAUGAGGUGCUAAUGAGUGCCUGUUGUCUUUUCCUCUUUUUUUGAGUAGUUUAUUUAAAUUAAAUUUUGUUUAAUUAUUUUAAUUUUUCCCUCUCCUAUGUCCCUCCAUGCACUUCAUAAAUUGUUGACAUACAUUAGUAUUCUAGUUUUUUAUGUACUUGUAUAAUCAAGUGACUAUAUCUUCCCUCACCCCUGUCUUAGACCAUACCCCUCCGACUCUGGAAAUCUUACCC